GACAUUCUUUGACAGUUUUAUAUAAUAUUAUUAUAAUUUAACAGUAUGUUUAAUAGUUGCUAAAGCACUUUUAUUAUGUAUAAAAAAUCAGUUAAUAAAUAAAUAAUUUCUCGUCAUGGCGAACGUUCUUCGGGGAAAAUUCGGAAAGCCGAUCCUAACCUAUAAGUCGUACGGUCGGGCGGUGACGUUAAAAUUGUCUCAAGUGAAUUUCACGACUUGCAAUGGACGUUACGAGUCAAGGGGGCACAGAAAAGUUUUCUUGCAACCUUAUAAACCUAUUCAAUACGGUCAUAGACGUGGAUAUGGCAUGUUUUUGCUUAGGGCUGUUCGAGGAGUCUUGAAACUUAGGUAUAUUGUACUGGGAGGAGCCCUUGGUGGAGGGGUUACUUUGAAAAAGAAAUAUGAAGAAUGGAAAGACGGUUUACCUGAUAUGAAAUGGCUAGACGAUGUACUUCCUGAUUCAGAACAAUGGUCAGGAUAUCAAAAAAGUUUAAUUAGUCUCAAAGAUACAAUAAAAGAUAGCAUAGUCAUAGAUCCUAGGUUAAAAGCAUUAGGUGAAGCGAAAGCAAUGGAAUUCAAAAGUUGGUUUGAUAGACGACUGGAAGAUGCUAUACAAGCUGCCAAAAUUGAAGAGAGUAAACAGCCGGCUAUCGAAGGUACCUCCAAGAAUUUAACUCAGCUUGUUACAAAUUUGUAUACAGAUGUGUCCGAAGACAUCAAAGCCAAAGCUACAGUUUAUGCUGCUCGAGCUGCUACACAAGUUCAAGAUUCAAACGAGGAUCGUAAAAAAUAUGAGACAGCCCAACAACGUUUGGAAGCUUUGCAGGACGAAGUGAUUGCAGUACAAAUAAAAUAUCAACGUGAAUUGGAGCGAUUGGAAAGAGAGAAUAAAGAAUUGCGUAAACAAAAUCUUAUAUUGAAAAGUAACAGGAAAACUGGAUUGAAGAAGAUCAAGAAAUCUCUAAUAGAUAUGUACAGUGAAGUUUUGGACGAGUUGGCAGAUUACGAUACUGGAUACAGCACUGCUGAUCAUUUACCAAGAGUUGUGGUUGUCGGAGACCAGAGCUCUGGGAAGACUUCUGUUUUGGAGGCUAUUGCACAGGCUAGAAUUUUUCCUAGGGGAGGUGGAGAGAUGAUGACUAGAGCUCCUGUUAAAGUGACUCUAUCCGAGGGACCUUAUCAUGUUGCCCAAUUCAGAGACUCAAGCCGAGAGUUUGAUUUGACAAAAGAGUCAGAUUUAGCAGAUUUAAGAAGAGAGGUUGAACUAAGAAUGAGAAAUUCCGUCCGUGGAGGAAAAACUGUGAGCCACGAAGUCAUCUCGAUGAGUGUCAAGGGUCCUGGUUUACAACGAAUGGUUUUAGUCGACUUACCUGGAAUUAUAUCGACAGUUACAGUAGAUAUGGCAAAAGAUACGAGAGAAUCCAUUCAACAGAUGUCUCAACACUAUAUGAGCAAUCCUAAUGCAAUUAUUUUGUGCAUACAGGAUGGUUCAGUGGAUGCCGAAAGGAGUAAUGUUACAGACAUGGUAGCAAGGUGCGAUCCGAGUGGCAAACGAACGAUUUUUGUUUUGACCAAAGUCGAUAUGGCCGAGGAGAAUCUAAGUGACCCCAACAGGAUUCGUAAAAUUUUGUCGGGCAAAUUGUUCCCGAUGAAAGCUUUAGGAUAUUUUGCUGUCGUCACUGGAAGAGGGCGUCAGGAUGAUACUAUUGCUACAAUUAGACAACACGAGGAGCAGUUCUUCAGAAACAGUAAAUUAUUCAAGGAUGGUAUAGCGAUGUCAGGACAAGUUACAACGAGAAAUUUAUCACUGGCUGUAGCUGAAUGUUUCUGGAAAAUGGUACGAGAAACUGUGGAACAACAGGCAGAUGCUUUUAAAGCCACGAGGUUCAAUUUGGAAACUGAAUGGAAGAACAAUUUCCCAAGAUUGCGAGAACUGGACAGAGAUGAAUUAUUUGAGAAAGCGCGAGGAGAAAUCUUGGAUGAAAUAAUUAAUCUAUCACAGGUAUCACCUAAACAAUGGGAGCUGCUACUCAUGCAAAAAAUUUGGGAAAAAGUAUCGACCCAUGUAUUUGAGAACAUUUAUUUACCAGCUGCACAAACCGGAAGCACAAGUAAUUUCAAUACGACUGUUGAUAUUAAAUUGAAACAAUGGGCGGAACAAGCGUUGCCUGCAAAAUCUGUUGAAACAGGCUGGGAGACGCUACAAGUAGAGUUUGAACAAUUUAUGAAAAAAGCUCAACAGUUACCAGACCACGAUGGAAUAUUUGAUAAUUUAAAAGCUGCUGUUGUCGAUGAAGCGAUGAGAAGACAUUCGUGGGAAGAUAAAGCUUCAGAGAUGUUAAGGAUAAUUCAACUGAACACACUAGAAGACAGAUCAGUUUCGAGUAAAGCCGAAUGGGAUGAAGCAAUCAAAUUCUUAGAAAGUGCUGUCAGAGACAGAUUAGCCCACAACGAAUUGAGAUUGAGGGAGAUGUUGGGGCCUGGUACCAAGGAGAGGUGGCUCAGAUGGGAGAAUCCAACGCCUGAACAGGCUUUAAGGAGCAAAGUCAAAUCGGAGUUGGAUAAGAUUAUUUAUAGCGAUAGUAAACAUCCUCCAACACUCAGUUAUGAUGAAGUAACAACAGUUCGUAAAAACUUACAAAGGAUAAAUGUAGAUGUAGACAUGGAAUAUAUUAAAGAAACCUGGCAUCCUGUUUACAGAAGGUUCUUCUUGAAUCAGGCUUUAAGUAAAGCGUUUGAUUGUAAAAAGUUAUAUUACCUAUAUCACCAACAAGGAAAUAAUAAAGAGUUUGAGGAUGUAGGUUGCUGUGAUGUAGUUUUAUUCUGGAGGAUUCAACAAAUGGCAAAAGUAACAGCGAAUGCGUUAAGACAACAAAUUAUGAAUCGUGAAGCACGUAGGUUAGAUAAAGAAAUCAAAGAAGUUUUGGAGGAUUAUAGUCAAGAUAGCGAAAAGAAAGCUAUGCUGUUGACUGGUCGUAGAGUAACACUUGCAGAAGAAUUAAAGAGGGUACGUCAAAUCCAGGAAAAACUUGAGGAAUUCAUUGCAGCUUUAAAUAAGGAAAAAUGAUAUUGGAGUUAACUAGUGUAAAGGCUGAAUUUAAAUUUGAAUGAGACAUUUAUUUAACAAGUUAAAGCUUUGUUAGCUAGCACUCUUAUCAAUCGGUUCGUUGUGAUGUGUUGCUUUAGUCACAAUUACGACUUAUUUAUUUUAAUGUAUUUGUAGCUAAGUCAACUAUAAAAUGUAAACUGAAUUAUGGUGUUUUAUAUAUGUAUAGAUUCUAGAUUUUUUUUAUAUUUUAUGUGUAAAUAAUAAUAAAUGCUAAUAAAUUAAU